AUGUUGUCGGUAAAUAUUGUGGCCGAGAACCCGGAUAAUCCUGUUUUAUGGGAGAUUUCUCAUGCAGAAGUUUAUACAAAUUCUAAAACAAUAAAGAUUUACCAAAUACUACAAAAAAUUGAAAAACGUGAGUGUGACCUUGAACUAAUAUUUUGGUAUCAGGAAUCAAUUUUUGAUGUAAUUACAAAAUUAAUAUACAGUAAGAUAAUAACAGCCUUGCAACAAGGAACUUCUAAGCCGGGAGAGAUUGUUAAGUCAAUACAAAAAUGCAUAGAAUUGCCAACAGAUGUCACUGAUUCUUUUACGAGCCAAACAUAUGAUACCGAUGAAAUUAAUAAACCGAUUAAAAAGAUAACUGAUCUUCGUGACUCAAUUACCAAUAUAAUUUUAGAAACUGAUAAUUCAACUGAAAAUCAAAACGUUUCUAAAUUUAAUGAAUUUACAAAAUAUAUAAAUUCAAACACAUAUGAUUUGGACUGUGUUUUGUUUCGGAGUUUAAAUUUUUACGCAUAG